CGUGCCCCUCUUUCUCUCCGGCCAUAGGAACCACUUACUCCACUGUUUCUUUGCCCAACAACUUCCACUUGACUUCAUAUUGCACUCUUUUAGAUAUUUUCUGUCUGGAGGACCACUUCCGUCACCUUCACAAUGGCGGCUAAAAUGCCCAGAAACUUCCGGCUCCUGGAGGAGCUGGAGAAGGGCGAGAAGGGCCUAGGACCCGAGGCAUGCUCCUACGGUCUUGCCGAUGGCGAGGAUAUGAUGAUGAGCAACUGGAACGGCACCAUCCUCGGCCCCCCUCAUAGCGUGCAUGAGAACAGAAUCUACAGUGUCAAUAUCCACUGCGGUCCCGAUUAUCCUGACCACCCCCCGGAGAUCCAGUUUAUCUCCCGCGUCAACCUCCCAUGUGUCGACCCGCGAACGGGGAAGGUUGACCCUACCAAGCUGCCUUGCUUGGCUCAGUGGAAGCGCGACUAUAACAUGGAGACCAUCCUCCUCGAAAUUAGACGAUACAUGGCGCUCCCGAAUCAUAAGAAACUUCCUCAGCCUCCGGAGGGUUCGAAUUUCUAGACAUUUAAUUGCUUGGGAUGUUCAGAGAGCUAAAAUCGGAGUCGUGGUUCGUUUCAUGUCAGGUUCAGUUAUGUCACCCUCACCUGGCUUAUUAUUAGAGCGUGUACAGUCAAUGCAUAACGACGGGUAUUGGUUCGACUUCCCUGAAGUCUAGUCUCAAUCUAUGGUGUUCCUAGACUUAUUUUCCUAUUCUCUCUCUCGCUGUUUUCAGGGACAACUCUACGAAUCCGUUAUGCAGAAGUAUGCUCGAACAAUGGCCUACAGGCGAAAAUCGUUCCUUUUUUCGAUACACUUUCAUGAUUUAAAUAUCAAAUUCUAUCAGCGGUGCGGUUAAUAUAUACAUGCUAUACUCCGGUCAAGGUCCCAUUAAGAACGGUCUAGCAAUCAACGUACCAGAGCAGGAUAUCUC